AUGGGUUCGCUGACAAGCAGACAAAACGCCGGAGUGGAAGAAGUUGACAUAGUAUCAAAUCACGCGUAUAAAUAUCCUCCGAGAUCAGGCAACUACUUCGGAAGUCACUUCAUCAUGGGAGGAGAGAGGUUUGACACGCCGCAGCCGGAGGCUUAUUUGUUUGGAGAAAAUGCGGACUUGAACUUUCUGGGAAGUAGGCCGACGCCUUUUCCGUAUCCUCCUCCACAGGCAAAUGACCCUACUAAGACACUAAAGAGUCUGGUUAACAUCAGAAAGGAGUCACUGAGGCUGACCAAGAGCAUUGAUCCCGUGCCGACGUCCUCUGAGUCUAAUGACACCAUCAAUGCGAUUAAAAACUUUGGAGAAGGGGAUGUUGAUAAAAAGACCACUAGAUAUGUACCGAGAGAUUCAUCAAUGAACUCCGAGACAUAUCACUACAAAAAAGGAGCAAACCAACAAUUCAUCCAAACGUCGCACGUCUUCGACCCGAGUCUUUACAACGAAGAAGACUUGCUCUACAACACAGACCGCGAGAUAGUUCCAAUGGCUAUCCACUGCGUGGCUGAGGAAGGCACAGAGGAGCCAAAGCAGUCACACACGACGAUAGCGGUCGUAGAGAAGCAGUCCGAUGGGUCUUACAUCUUAAAAGCUCUCAAACAGAAGCUCUACGUCGACGGUUUGUGCUAUUUACUCCAGGAAAUUUACGGAAUAGAAAAUAAAAAUACUGAAAACACAAAGCAGCAAGGGAGCGACGAAGAUGCUGAAGAUAAUGGCUCAGAGUGUGUUAUUUGCAUGUGUGAUGUUCGGGAUACUUUGAUCCUGCCUUGUAGACAUCUGUGUCUUUGUUACGGGUGCGCUGACUCUCUGAGGUACCAAGCUAACAACUGUCCGAUCUGCAGAGCUCCCUUCCGUGCUCUUCUUCAAAUCAAGGCGCUUCAAAAGGCUACUGGUGCUAUUAUUUCUAAUCCUCCGAUGCCUGAAGGAAGCUGUGAGAAUAUUCCUUCCGGGUAUGAAGCUGUUUCUUUGAUAGAAGCCUUGAAUGGCCCGUAUACGCCGAGAGUAGUUGUUCCAGCUCCAGAAUCUCCUGAUACUCCAGAUACUGAUACUGCUAGUGCUAUUCAGGCAGCUGAAAUUUUAAAUAGAUCUGCAGAACGAACACCAGUGUCGAAGCACACGGGUCUAAAAGACGGCGAAACGGGAGCUGCGAUAGCGAGGUCCAGCAAUGUGACACCCUGCCCUACUCCGGAGUUCCGUAUGUCUGUCCUGUUGGCCAGAGACGAGACCGUCGUCAACCAGAAGGAGUUGCAUGGUCGCUCCCCGGGUAUGCGGGCCAAAAUCAGUCAUCCGCGUGAGAAGAAUUCCAUCAGGACUCGGGAUACUUUGAGACUUGUCAAUGAAAAGCAGCCUCACUAUGAUGUACAGGGCCAAGACGAGGACAGUGAAGCAGAAAAAUUAUCACCUCUCCUAGAUUCAGCAGCUAGCACCGACCCCAGAGAAUCUCACCACCGCAUCUGCGACCUGGACAUUGACGACGAAAUGACCAGCAAUGUCAAUGAGAACGACAGUGAAAUAAAUUGUAAUUCCCAUUGA